AUGGCCGACGAAACCACCGACGUUUCUUCAAAACUUCAAACAGUUCUGGUUUUUCGUUAUAUUAAAGGAAGCACAGCAGUUGAGCGAUUUUGGGGCUUUUUUACCAGCGCUCAACAAACAGCUGAUUCGCUUAGCUCCCUCAUUUUAAAUGAACUCCAACCCUUGGUAGGGCAAAAUCCAAAUAAAAUGAUUGCUCAAUCGUACGAUGGUGCAGCAGUAAUGAGCGGGAGACAUGGAGGAGUUCAGGCUAAAAUUAAGGCAAAAUAUCCCUUAGCUCAUUUUGUGCAUUGUUAUGCACACAAGUUAAAUUUAAUAAUGACACAAGCAGCCUCUCAAAACAGUGAUGUUCGGAUAUUCUUUGGAAACCUCUCUGAAAUACCAAUAUUUUUUUCUAACUCUAGUCAACGAGUCCAUUUUUUGAAUAAAGUAGUUGGGCGUAGAAUUCCAAGAUCUGUGCCCACUAGAUGGAAUUUUAAAAGCCGCACAGUAAAUGUUGUUUUUGAAUAUAGGGAAGAUUUGAUAGAAUGUAUGGAAGAAAUCGAAGAAACAUCUGGUAUUAAUACUACGACAAAAAAUCAGGCAGGAGCAAUAAGAAGACUAUUGCAAGAAAGAUCGUUUGUCUUUUGGCUUACCCUAUUUCACUACAUUAUGCCUCAUGUAGAUAUUUUGUAUAACGAACUACAAAAAAGAAUUAUAGACUCCGUUGAAAUCAGUCGCUGCUUGAAAUUAUUUAAGGAAAAUAUAACCACAAUCAGAAACCAGAAAAUGCAUGAAAUUAUGGAAAAAGCAAAAUCGUUUGAAAAUAUCAUCGAUACGAAAAGAUUAAAAUUUAAUGAUGAGACUUGGAAAAUAUCAGCUACUGAGGUUUGUGAUGUUAUAAUUAAUGUUGCCGAAGACCGAUUUCAAUAUACUGACCAACUAAAUGCUGCAAACCUGUUGAUUUGCGAAAAAUUUGAAUGGUAUGAUUUGACCUUCCCCCAAGACUACUUCACAGAAACCAUGAAAUCAUACCCCUUUUUAGAAAAGCAGAGGCUAAAAACAGAAUUAACUGUUUUAUACUCCAGUGAAGAAUAUAGAAACUUUUCGUCAUGUGCUGUGCUACUUAACUUUCUAGUUAGUAACAAUCUUCAAGAGGUAUUUAGAGAAGUGAUAAAAUUAUUAAAAAUUCUUGUUACUAUGCCAAUGACUACCGUAGAGGCCGAGAGAGACUUCUCUACAUUAAAUCGUAUUAAAACGUUUUUAAGAAGUACGAUGUGCCAAGAGAGACUAAAUGCUUUAGCAUGCCUCACAAUCGAGCAAAGACUAAUUCGGUCCAUAUCAGACUUCAAUGAACGUGUGAUUGACAAGUUUGCCAAACAAAAGGACAGACGGAUCGAGUUAAUUUUUAAGAAAACGAGAAAUAACUAUAUUUGUGCAUCUUAUUAUUAA